AUGUAUAAAAAUCGAGAUUUGAACCGAACUAAGACUGAAGAAAAGUGGUAUGGUUCAUUUGUAGUGAUAGAACAUGUAGGAAAGGGAACAUGUAAAAUACAAUCACUUGAAACUGGUUUAAUCAGAAAAGUUAACAGAAAAGACAUAAAAAUAAUGACUGAAGAAAUACCUGAGAGUAUAUUUGAUCUUAGGGAAGAUCAAGAAUUAAAAAGGGGAGAACUGUUACCAGAACUCAAUACACUUUAUCUUAGUGGAAUGAAUUCAGAAAUUGUAAAUCAAAUGUCAAAUCUAUCAAAAAUCAUAAUUAAAAAGAUUUUUAAUUAA